GUGACGAUAAUUCCUGAAUUCGAUGGUAAUGCGUAUAUUCGCCUGGACGGACCAACAGGCCAACAGGCCCUAAAGAGACGUCGUAUGACACUGGAACUCAUUUUUACCAGGAGCUCCAGUGACGGUGUUAUCCUCGCAAUUCCGCCGAGUCAAACGGGAGCCGAGUUCCUUUCUAUCCGAGCGGAGGCUGAUGACUGUGUAAAAAUUCACAUGCGAGUUGGUCGUCUGAGUCGGUUCCACAAAUUGCCCAUCUACCAAUGGCUUCUCAAGAAGUUCCAGCCUCGGGAACGUGUCAUGGUGUCAAAGAUUUGCUCUAUCGUGCAUUCACGCUGGCACAAUCUAACCAUUGCCAAGCAGACGCGACGGUACGCAGUCUACCUGAAUGGCAAGAAGAUGGAUCAGCAGACACUAGUAAAUCCAAUCUGCCAUUCUGUUUGA